AUGUUAAAAAAUAUAUUUAGCGAAUAUUUAAAAUCGUAUGAUAACAAAGAUGAGAACUAUGAGCGCAUAAAUAACCUGAGCAGAAAUUAUUCAUGUGACUACACUUCUGAUUGGAGAUGGUUCAGUAUUAAAUGCGAACGUUUUUUAGAAAAUGAAUUAUAUAAGAAAUAUAAUAAAGAAGAAAAAGAAAAAAGGAAAGAAAAUAAAAAUAUCAUAAAAGAAAAUGAAAAUCUUGCUAUAUUUAAAUCAUUCUUCCCAAAGAUUCUUUUAAAUAUUUAUAGUAAGUGUGAUAAUCCUGCACAGUUCUUUUCAAAUCUUGUCAUUCAGAAGUUUAACUCUGUAGUGUUUUUUUGUGAUGCCAGUGGUUUUUCUAACCUCGCUGAACAACUAGACAAACGAAUUAAUGGAACCGAAUUACUAGGAAAUUGCUUAAAUAAGUUUUUCAACAUUUUAAUAAAAAUUAUAGAUUACUGGGGAGGUGAUAUAAUUAAGUUCAGUGGAGAUGCUGUUCUAGUUAUCUGGCCCCUUCAUAAUGUUUUAAAAAAUAAGAAGAAAAAAAAAAAGACAAAAGAUCAUAAUAUUCAAAAUAUUUAUAAUGAUGCACAUGUAGUUAACCUUAAAGAUAAUGAAACUUCAAUUGAUGAGAAUAAUCCAGAUACAUUUAUGCAUAUUGAAAAAGAUAAAAAAAAAUUUGAAAAUUUUCAUUUAAAUAAUAAUCAUAAUAAUAUUCAUAAUAUUUAUAAUAACGAUGAUGAUUAUGAUCAUCAAGAUGAAGUCUAUGAUAAUAUUAAAAAUUAUAAUCUAAAAAAUAGUAAGAUCAGUAAGCCUAAUAUUUCUCAAGCAAAUAACUCAGAUGAUAACUAUCCUUCAGAUUAUAUUAAAAAAAAAAAAAGUCAAAACGCACGAGAAAUAAGAAAGAUAUGUCUCCUAGCAUUAGGGUGUUGUAUGGACAUACACAAAUUAUUAAAUAAAUUUCCAACACCAAUAGAAAAUAAAUAUUUAAAAGUACAUAUUGCUAUUACAUAUGGAAAGGUUAGCUUCUUACAAAUUGGAAAUGUUUUAAGAAAAAGAGAAUAUUUGUUAUCAGGCAAGCCACUGGAAGAAAUAGGUUCUGGUGAGUCCUUGGCAAAAAAUGGAGAAAGUGUGCUGUCGUAUUCUUUUUAUAAAAAUAUUAAAGAUAAGGUGAUAGUUCAAGGGACGUGCAAGAAGAACUUUUUCUUAUUUGUGAAGAUGAAGGAGGAAAUUGACAUGAAGAGGUUGAAAAAGAAUUAUGAGGAGGAAGAGGAAGAAGAGGAAGACGAAGAAGAAGAGGAAGACAACGAAGAUGAUGUAAACGCAGAUGUAGAUGUAAAUGCAGAUGCAGAUGUAAAUGCAGAUGCAGAUGUAAAUGCAGAUGUAAAUAACGAUUUACAUGUUAAUAUAAAAGAUAAUAAAAGAAAAAAUAGUUCAGAAGAUAAAAUAAAAAAAAAGUUUACUCUAUUAACUACAGAUAAACAAUCUAGACAAUCUACUCUUAUAUAUGAAAAUUUUGAUCUUCUUUUAAAAACAUUUAUACCAGAUAUUGUAUAUAGAAAAUUAUCUUUAGGAUGUAAUAUAUUUUUUAAUGAAAUUAGAAAAGUAACAAUUAUUUUUGUAUCUGUUAAAGAUAUAGAUACAUCAACUAUGACUGGUGUUCAUUCAGCACAUGGAAUUAUGAAGCUAACACAAAAAGCUGUAUUUACUAUGGAAGGAACAAUAAAUAAAUUUAUAUUAGAUGAUAAAGGUAUCUUAAUAUUAAUUAUGUUUGGAUUACCACCUCUAUAUCAUUGUGAUGAUACUAUAAGAGCUUUACUUACUUGUUUUAGAUUAAUAGAUGCAUUGAAAUCAUUAAAAUUAAAUGGUAGUAUAGGUAUAUCUACUGGAAAAAUAUGGUGUGGAAUCAUAGGAAAUAAAAUUAGAAAAGAAUACACAGCCCUAGGAGAUUCUGUUAAUGUUGCUGCUAGAUUAUGUUUCAAAGCUGGUAAUAAAGAAAUUUAUGUUGAUGAAAAUACAUAUAAUAAUUGUAAACAUUUUAUAUCCUUUCAAAAAUUAAUAUCUAUAAAAGUCAAAGGAAAAAAUAAACUUAUUAAAAUAUAUUCACCUAUAGGCACUAUUAAUAAAAAAUGUAUAGAUUAUGUAUAUGAUAAUACAAACAAUGAAAACAGCAACAAUAAUAAUAAUAAUAAUAAUUAUUUUACAGAUGAAGAAUUAUUAGUUAAUAGCCACAAUAAUAAUAUAAAUCAAAACAAUAAAAAAAAUAAUAUUAAUAAUAAUAAUAAUAUUAAUAAUAAUAAUAUUAUUAAUAAUAAUAGUAUUAAUAAUAAUAAUAAUUUAAUAUCAACAAAAGAUGAGACAAUAAAAAAUAUUCAUGAUAAUUUAUCUACAAAUGUAGAUAUAUCCAUUCUUGAAAAUAAAAAAAUGAAAACAAAUUUUCAACAAGUUUCUGAUUUCUCAUUUCUAAAUUACAACUUUUUAUUCAAAUAUUAUAAAAGCAUAUUUAAAAAUAAAAUAUAUCACUUGUUCAAAGAAGAUAAGAAUUGUUUCUAUUAUUUACAAAUGUGUGAUUUAUAUAAACCCAUAAGUACAAACAUAUCACCUUCUCUUACUUACUGUGCCAAUAAAAAUUUGGAACACUUGAAAAAAAACAAUAAUAUUAUGAUGACAAAGGAAAUGCAUAUAAAUAAUAUAAAUAAUGAUGAACAUGUAAAUGAACCUAUAAGACAAAAUAAAUUAAUAUUAGAUAAACAUAAUAAUCAUAUAUAUGAUAUGGAUGAUAAUCUUCAUUCAAAUAGAAAAUCUUCUACAUCUUUUAAUAAUAUAUAUGACAAUACAUUAACAUAUGAUAUGAUUUAUAGUAUAUCUAGAUUUAAUAAAAUAAAAACAUCAUUACAUGUUGAUUAUAAAAGCUAUACUGGCCCUUUCUUAUUACAUGAAUAUUAUGAUCCACUGCAUUUCAAAUUUAAAGAACUUUCUCGUGUAGGUGGAGUCUUAUUUGUUGAAGGAAAUGAAAAUCUAGGAAUAUUUGAAUUCAUAAAAUUAAUUACAAAAGGAUUAUAUAACUUUAAAUUAUUUAAUGUUAGUAAUAUGCCCAACUCAUUAUAUAUAAAUAUAACAAAUCCAUUACUACCUUGGAAAAUUUUAUGUAACGAUAUAUUAAACACUUGGAAAUUAUCACAUAUGAGGAAAAAAAAUAUUCUCCUAAAUAAAAAUGACAACUUCAAUAUGUUAAGAGAAAUCACACACCCAUCUUUUCAUUGGUUUUUUAAAUGUAUGAUACAUGUAAUAGAUGAUUUAGAUAUACCUAUUUUUAAAACUAAAAAAAAAAAAAAAAAAAAAGAAAAGGAAAAGGAAUAUUAUACAGAUAAAAAUAAAAAUUAUACUUACCAAACUAACAAAUAUAUUCAAAACCAUCCCAAUAAAAAAAAUGAUCACACUUUAAUUCAAAAUAAAAUAAAUACAAAUAUUCAAACACAAAAUGCUUCUAAUAACAAUAUAUUUUGUAAAAAAAUAUCCACACUUUUGGAGUAUUUCUUUCAUAAUUCAAGACGAGAUAAAAAGAAAAACAAAAAAAAGACCAAAGAGAAAAAUAAAAAAAAAAAAAUAUAUAUACCAGCUGGUAAGCGCAUGGGCCAAACAAAUGAUACUAAUGAUAUUAAUCAUAUGUAUCACGUCCCUUCUGAUGUGUCACAUGGAAGCACCUUGGAUAAGCAACACAAUUAUCAUGAUGAUGAUGAUAAUAAUCAUGAUGAUGAUGAUGAUAAUCAUGAUGAUGAUGAUAAUCAUGAUGAUGACAAUAAUCAUAAUGAUGACAAUAAUCAUGAUGAUGACAAUAAUCAUAAUGAUGACAAUUAUCAUAAUGAUGACAAUUAUCAUAAUGAUAUUAUUCAUGACCAUUAUAAUCCUUCUGUGAAGAAAAAUAAAAUAAUAAACAAACCUGAACACAUAUACAAUAAACAUACAGCAACAGGAGAUGUAAGCUCCUCUUCGCAAACAUAUUCAAGAAACGAUAUACAUACAAAAAUGAAAAAUGAACUAAAAGAAAACAGAAUAGGUAUUAUAAGCUCGAUGAUUUAUUAUUUUACUUUGCAUGAAAAUAUGUUUAUUAUAUUUAAUUAUAGAGCAGGUACUUCCUUAAAUAUUAAUAUUGAAGAUGAUGCUUGGAAAAUAUCAAAUAAUAUAGCUAAGUUAGCUAUGCUUAAAAGAAAAAAAAUAUCCAAACAUUUACAAAGAAAUCUAAAAGAUUGGAGAAAAAAUCAUUCUAGGAAGUGUGUCUUCUGCAAAGGUAAUUUUAUGAACAAUGCAUAUGUGAAUAAUAUAAAUGAGAAUAAUAAUUGUGGAAACAAUAUGUAUCAAAAUAUCACACAUGACAACAAUAUUUAUGGCGAUAAUAAUAUAAAUGAUGAGUUCUUACACAACAACAACAACAAUGAUAAUAAUAAUAAUAAUAAUAAUAAUAAUAAUAAUAGUAAUGAUGAUGAUGAUAACAAUAUAUACAACUCUGAUGAACAAAACGGUUUGUCUAUCAAAAAAAAAAAUAUAAAUGAUUUCCUUGAUGAUCAUAUGAGAGCACAACAAAGUAUUGAUCAUAUAGAUAAAAAUAUUAUUUCUAACUUACCAAAUAAAAUUAAUAAUGAUACAAAUACAAACAAUUUAUAUAAUAUUAAUGAUAUGUAUAAUCAAGAGAAUUCUCAUUAUUCACAAAAUGUUAAUAUAACAAAUAAUAAUAAUCAUAAUGAUAAUAUAUCUUCUUUUAAUUUAAGACAACAGAAAUUAUAUCAAGCUCAUGAAAUUAUUCUUAUGGAUGAAAAUAAUGAUUCUUUAUCAAAAAAAAGUAGUUCAGCAUCAUUAAUAAAUAACAGUGAAAUAAAUUCACAAACUUAUAACAAUGAAAAUAUUAUACAAAAUACAAAUAAUACUAACAAACAAGAAAAUAUAAAUGUUGUACAAAUAUUUAAAGAUGAAACAGAAAAUGUAAAUGACACAAACAAAAUUAAAGAACAAAAAAUGUUUUAUAAAACUUUAUAUCCAAAUAUUAAAGAUAAUAUUUUAUUAUAUAUAGCUCAACAAAAAAUGAAUGAACAAAAUAAUAAUUAUCAAAUUUAUAAAAAUCAAAAUAUCAAAAAUGAAUAUUUAAAUGAUAACAUACAUAAUCAAAUGAAUCAAAAUGUUAAUCCUAAUAUGCACAAAAAUAUUUAUUAUAAUAAUUAUUUUAAUAGUUAUAAAAAGUUUUAUCAAAAUAAAUCACCUUUAUGUAAUCCUUUUUUUAUGCACAAACAUAAACCUCUUAUCUUUUUAUUUAUUAAUGGAAUGAAAAAUAAUAAUAAUAUAAAACAAUUAAAAAAAAUUAAAAAAUAUGCACAACAAUGUGAAGCAUCUAUAGAAUUAAAACCUUUCAAUAUAAAUCAUCUAUAUGAAUUUGUUAGCCUAUGUUUAAAUAUACAUAAAGAUAAAAUAAGUAAACAACUAAUUGAAUAUCUAAAUAAAACUUGUUUUGGAAUACCUAAAUUUGUACAAUAUACUUUAUUUUAUCUUCUUAAUAAUCAUUAUCUAGAAUUAUAUAAAUAUGAGAAGGACAAAAAUGAUGAUCAAAACAAUCAACAUAACAACCAACAUAACAACCAACAUAACAAUCAACAAAAUAAUGAUGAACUAUUCUUUUUGAAAGAACAAAAUGGUGAAAAAGAUUCAUCCAGCACAAAUCCAACAAAAAGUAAUCAUCCUAAUCAUACAACACACACAAACCAAUUUAAUCAAAUAAAUAAUAUAAAUCAAAAUACUGAUACACAUAACUAUCAUUAUUAUAACAAACAUUUUUUUAAUAACCUUAUCAGUAAUACAUGCACUACAAAUAAUUAUAUUAAUCAUUUCAGUAAACAAAUUAUCUCAAUACAAAAUGAAAAAGCAAAAUCUUCAUUAUUCCCAUCUAAUAGCACAACCUCUUCCAAUGAUAAUCCAAAUAAUGAUGAUAUAACUUAUGAAUAUGAACUUGUGGUAGUCAAAGAUUUAAACGAAGCACCGCUAGUUCCUCGAUUGACCGCAUAUUGCAUGUCCCUAAUUGAUAGCCUAAACCAAGAAGAACAAUUGUUGGCUAAGCUUUGCUCCUUCUUUAAUCAUACGUUUAACAUAAAAAAAAUGGAAUGUAUAUAUCCUAAGUAUAUAUCAAGGUGUGAGUUAAAAAAAAUUAUUGUAAAGUUGAUGGAGAAGAAUGUCUUUUGUUUAUAUGAAGAUGAGAACAAGAAAUCUGUUACUCUGUCAAAAGACAAUGUUAAUUCUAUACAUAACAUUAAUUUCGUAUAUAGAGAUAUGUAUAAUAAAAUAAAUAGUUUCCUUGAGAAGAAAAGUAAACACCACACCUUAUUUGGCAAACACAAAAAUAUACCUGAUGAGGAAAUAUAUUUCUGCAUAACAAAUUUUUCAUUAAAAAAGGUUUUAAAUGAUUUGUUGGAGAAUGAAGAAAAGGAAUAUAUAAAAAAAAUUUACAAAAAGUAUAUAGAAUCGUAA